AUGGGAGCCUCUAAAAAAGUUUCAACGAGAUCCAGAAUCAAGUACCGUGCCGAUCAGAUUGAGACGAUGGAGAAGUCGUUCCGCGAACAGCAAUACCCGGACUCGGAGAGUAUCGAGCAGCUGGCAGAGAAAGUGGGCGUGUCUACAGAGAGGGUGGCGAUCUGGUUCCAAAAUAGGCGUGCCAAAUUCAAGCGAGAAUCAAAAGACAUGCAGACGAACUGGAUGCGGAAACAGUUUCAUACCAGUAUUUCGGAUACUACUUCAUGUGUGACGUCAGACAAAAGUUCCCACGUCAUCACCCCCAGUCUGACAGAAGCCGACGUGGAGAGCAGACUGCAAACCGAACGUCAUCCACCGAGAAACUUCCAUUAUUUACCCAGUUGCAUGGCAACCUUUCCCAAUGGCGCCCACAAUUCAUCAUUUUCGCCUGGAGUUUCUACUUCGUCAAAUGCUCUGAUGACGCCACCACCGCCAUAUUCGAACUCGUUGCCACAACGACACAGUAUCCCGGAGUAUACACCCUCCCAUUCCACUUUCCGUCCGCAAUACGUCACAGACUACCAGCAGCCGUACUUCCGGCACCACGCUCCUCCCCAACCUCUGUUGCCUGUCAGUCAUUUGCAUGUAGCGUACACGCCCGGAUAUCAGUUGAUGCAACUUUAAUGACGCAGAUCUUUGGAUAAAUUGUAAAAGAUGAUGAAACGCAGAACAAUCUGUAUGAUGUCGUGUAUUACUAUCUGGUUCUUGAUCACGUUGUGUUAUGUUUGUAUUAGA